CGUGCCUUUCGGGGGCUCAGGUGCACCGGAGCUCAGGCUACCCGAAGCCGGGAGGAGCCCCGCGGUCCCCGCGCCCCCCGCAGCUGGGCGUCGGCGGUCAGCACCCGAGUGGAUCCCGCCCUGUCCGCGAGGUCUCCAGACAUGGACGCUGUGCCGCUCUGGUCGCCGCUGUCUUUGCUGAUGCUACUGAUGCUGUCAGUGGCCAGUGCCUCAGAAGCGGAACACCGCCUGUUCCAGUACCUGUUCGAAGAUUACAACGAGAUCAUUCGGCCUGUGGCGAACGUGUCCCAUCCCGUUGUCAUCCAGUUUGAGGUGUCCAUGUCUCAGCUGGUGAAGGUGGAUGAAGUAAACCAGAUCAUGGAGACCAACCUGUGGCUGAAGCAAAUCUGGAACGACUACAAGCUGAAAUGGAAGCCCUCUGACUACCAAGGGGUGGAGUUCAUACGCGUCCCCGCGGAGAAGAUCUGGAAACCAGACAUUGUGCUUUAUAACAACGCUGACGGGGAUUUCCAGGUUGGCGAUAAGACCAAAGCUCUACUCAAGUACACGGGAGAAGUGACUUGGAUCCCUCCAGCCAUCUUUAAGAGCUCAUGCAAAAUCGAUGUGACCUACUUCCCAUUUGACUACCAAAACUGCACCAUGAAGUUCGGCACCUGGUCCUAUGACAAGGCAAAGGUCGACCUGGUCCUCAUCGGCUCCUCCAUGAACCUCAAGGACUACUGGGAAAGCGGCGAGUGGGCCAUCAUCAAAGCCCCGGGCUACAAACACGAGAUCAAGUACAACUGCUGCGAGGAGAUCUACCAAGACAUCACCUACUCGCUGUACAUCCGCCGCCUGCCGCUGUUUUACACCAUCAACCUCAUCAUCCCCUGCCUGCUCAUCUCCUGCCUCACGGUGCUGGUCUUCUACCUGCCCUCCGACUGCGGCGAGAAGGUGACGCUCUGCAUCUCCGUGCUGCUCUCCCUGACCGUCUUCCUCCUAGUGAUCACCGAGACCAUCCCUUCCACCUCGCUGGUCAUCCCCCUGAUGGGGGAGUACCUCCUCUUCACGAUGAUCUUCGUCACCUUGUCCAUCGUCAUCACGGUCUUCGUGCUCAACGUGCACUACAGGACCCCGACCACCCACACGAUGCCCACGUGGGUCAAGGCCGUGUUCCUAAACCUGCUCCCCAGGGUCAUGUUCAUGACGCGGCCAGCCAGCAGCGAGGGAGAUGCUCAGAAGCCAAGGGCCUUCUACAGUGCUGAGCUCUCAAACCUGAACUGCUUCAGCCGCGCAGACUCCAAAAGCUGCAAGGAAGGCUACCCCUGCCAAGACGGGGCAUGCAGCUACUGCCACCACCGGAGGGUGAAGAUCUCAAAUUUCAGUGCUAAUCUCACGAGAAGCUCCAGUUCUGAGUCUGUCGACGCCGUGUUGCCCCUCUCUGCUCUGUCACCAGACAUGAAAGAGGCCAUCCAAAGUGUGAAGUAUAUCGCUGAAAACAUGAAAGCUCAGAAUGUAGCCAAAGAGAUUCAAGAUGACUGGAAGUAUGUUGCCAUGGUGAUUGACCGUAUCUUUCUCUGGGUUUUCAUUCUGGUGUGCAUAUUAGGGACAGCAGGAUUAUUUCUACAGCCUUUGAUGGCCAGAGAUGACACAUAAAUCGUGACUGGUGUUCCCCGAGGCUCGCGGGUGCUGAUGCGGGGCACCGUCUCCAUAGCACCACACUUUACCCAGUCACCAGCUUUGGGUUUGCUAUCUCAAGGGUUAGUUACUCAACUCAUCUUGAUUUUUGGCAAAAAAAAAAAGAAAAAAAANAA